AUGCAUCGCCUCAUGAGCUCGGCUGUGGCUGGGCUGCGACCCCUGACGUCGGUUCCCUGGACGUCCACUCACAGGCCGGUCCGGAGAGCCUUUCUCAACGGCGCCAACAGAACCUACGUGGAGGAGAUGUACCUGGCUUGGCUGGAGGAGCCCGCCAGCGUACACCAGUCAUGGGACAUGGUAUUCCGUAAGACCCACGCGGCCCACCGUAGCCCGAUGCCUCUUCGGGGGCCGAGCACCGAGACUGACAUGGAGAAGUUGGUGGGAGACCAUCUGGCGGUCCACACGCUUAUACGCACUUACCAGGUGCGAGGUCAUCACAUCGCCAAGUUGGACCCUCUGGAAAUCAGCUGCGUGGACUUGGAUGACGCUCCGUGUAGCAUCGGGUCGCAAAAAGUUGGUUCUCAUGGUCUAGAUCAUUCGGACUUGGACAAGAUUUUCCGCCUUCCGAAAACCACAUUCAUUGGUGGCAACGAGGACGCUUUGACACUCAGGGAGAUCAUUCGACGUCUGGAGGAGGCAUACUGCCAACACAUCGGAGUGGAGUAUAUGUUCAUCAACGACGUACAGCAGUGUCAGUGGAUCCGACAGAAGUUCGAAACCCCAGGAAUCCUGCAGUUUAGCGCGGAGGAGAAGCGAAUCAUGCUGGCCAGGAUGAUCCAAUCCACAAGGUUUGAAGAGUUUCUUCAGAGAAAGUGGUCAUCAGAGAAACGUUUUGGCUUGGAAGGAUGCGAAUCACUCAUCCCAGCCCUCAAGGCCAUCAUUGACAAAUCGAGCGCGAUUGGAGUGGAGAGCAUCAUUAUGGGAAUGCCGCACAGAGGGAGGCUAAACGUUCUUGCCAACGUCAUCCGCAAGGAAUUGGACCAGAUCUUCUGCCAGUUUGAUCCAAAACUAGAGGCUACAGAUGAGGGUUCCGGAGACGUCAAGUACCACCUGGGAAUGUUCCACAAGAGGUUAAACCGAAUCAGCGACAAGAUGGUCACAUUGUCGCUCAUGGCCAACCCGUCUCACCUAGAGGCCGUGGACCCUGUGGUCCAGGGUAAGACCAAAGCUGAACAGUUUUACAGCGGUGACACGGAGGGAAAGAAGGUGAUGUCCAUCCUUAUUCACGGCGACGCCGCAUUCGCCGGUCAGGGUAUUGUUUACGAAACCUUCCACCUGUCAGACCUGCCAUCCUACACCACGCACGGUACCGUGCAUGUGGUGGUCAACAACCAGAUCGGCUUUACCACGGAUCCCAGGAUGGCUCGCUCGUCUGCAUAUCCCACAGACGUGGCUCGUGUGGUCAACGCGCCCAUCUUCCAUGUCAAUGCUGAUGAUCCCGAGGCAGUCAUGUAUGUGUGCAACGUGGCGGCGGAAUGGAGGAACACAUUCCACAAAGACGUGGUGGUGGACCUGGUAUGCUACCGGCGGAACGGUCAUAACGAGAUGGACGAACCCAUGUUUACCCAGCCGCUGAUGUACAAGCAGAUCAAAAAGCAAAAGAGCGUCCUGCAGAAGUUUGCGCAAAGGCUUAUCGGAGAGAAAGUGGUCACCACUCAGGAGUACCAGGAGGAAGUGGCCAAGUACGACAACAUGUGCGAAAAAGCCUAUGCUCGCUCAAAAGAUGAGAAGAUCUUGCACAUCAAACACUGGCUGGACUCUCCCUGGCCUGAUUUCUUCACAGCGGAUGGACGUCCCAAAACUAUGAGCUGUCCAUCCACCGGCCUCUCGGAGGAUGAGCUUUGCCAUAUUGGAAAGGUGGCCGCCUCCGUCCCCAUGAAAGACUUUACCAUCCACUCAGGUCUGAGUCGCAUUCUGAAGGGUCGUGCAGACAUGGUCAACCAGCGAGUGUGCGACUGGUCGCUGGGCGAAUACAUGGCUUUGGGCUCUCUACUCAAUCAAGGCAUCCACGUUCGUCUGAGUGGUCAGGAUGUAGAGAGGGGGACUUUCAGCCAUCGCCAUCACGUCCUUCACGACCAAAACGUGGACAAAAAGACUUGCAUCCCUAUGAACCACAUCUCCAGCGAACAGGCAACAUACACCGUCUGCAACAGCUCGCUGUCGGAAUAUGGAGUCCUCGGUUUCGAAUUAGGCUUCGCCAUGGCCAGCCCCGACGCGCUGGUUCUGUGGGAGGCUCAGUUCGGAGACUUUCAUAACACGGCUCAGUGCAUCAUCGACCAGUUCGUCAGCUCAGGUCAGGCCAAGUGGGUACGACAAAACGGCAUCGUGUUGCUGCUCCCUCAUGGCAUGGAAGGAAUGGGUCCCGAGCACUCGUCGGCCCGACCCGAAAGAUUUCUCCAGAUGUGCAACGACGACCCCGACGUGCUCCCGAGGCAGCACGACGACUUUGCUGUUCGGCAGUUGUAUGAGUGUAACUGGAUUGUUGUCAACUGCUCCACCCCUGCCAACUACUUCCACGUUCUCCGCCGACAGAUCCUAUUACCCUUCAGAAAACCGCUGAUUGUGUUCACGCCAAAAUCCCUUCUGCGCCACCCGGAGGCUCGAUCCAAUUUUGACCUCAUGUUGACAGGAACUCAAUUUCAGCGCGUGAUCCUUGACGAGGGUCCAGCAUCCGCCGAGCCCAGCAGCGUGAAGCGUCUCGUAUUCUGCACUGGAAAGAUUUAUUACGACCUGCGCCGUGAGCGCGCCAAGCGGGAACUGGACGCUGCCGUGGCGAUAGUCCGUGUGGAGCAGCUGUCACCCUUCCCGUUUGAUCUGGUACGAACUGAAAUGGAACGCUACGCCCAGGCGACCGUGGUCUGGUGUCAGGAAGAGCACAAGAAUCAGGGAUACUACGAAUACAUCAAGCCCCGAAUGCAGACCACAGUUGGCCACGCACGACCGAUUUGGUACGCUGGGCGCGAUCCCGCAGCUGCCCCGGCAACGGGAAACAAACCCACUCACCUGACGGAGCUGCAACGCCUCCUCAACACCACCUUUGACCUAGACGGCUUCUCAGAAAAUCAAUGUUGA